UCUGUUUUCACAUACACGCGCCUCUUUUUGUUGCAUGGGGAUCAUUAAGCCCGUCCGGAGGUUCAACACGAAGGAUGGAUUACUUAAUUAGACAGAAAGGAUGCUGGGAUACUAACGCCCCAGGGUUUACUUGCAAAUCCUCCGUAUUCAACAUACGUGUAGGAGAGGAGGUUAGCGGAAGGAGCUUAUUUCUGGGAGAGUAUUGGUCUGUGUCGAGGAGGUCCACUCUUCUGCCUGACCGUUCAACACGAAAAGGACAGCUAGAGUUAUAUGUUAAGGAUUGCCUCGAACUAUCAUGUAUGGGCAAAAUAGUCAAUUUCACGCUUGAUCCAAACUUUUGUCAGCCAAAUUCGAGAAUUAGCCAAUUUUUCUCUAAGACACUUUUGAUGAGAUGGAAUUGUGUUGAUCUUUUUACAAAAUUUGUAUAUAAUGAGAAGCCUAAUGUGACACCACAAGAAGUAUUAGAUAUUUAUAACCAGAGUCUUAUUGACAUUACUACAAUCAAAAAUAUCAAUUGUGAUGUCGUUCAUCAUGUUCGCAAAAUUCAUGAGCAGAAUCAAGCAAAAUGGUUGAAAACCAUUGGGGAUUCAUUACUAGAUAUAAGAAGGUUACAGGCAAAAAAAAGAAAAUCUGACGUUUAUGCUGAUUGGUAUAGUGAGGUCGACAAAGAAAGUUCAUCUAAGAACCGACACCAGAAUGAUGAGUUGGAUUCCUCGUCCGAGAAUACUCCGACUACAUGUGAUGAAUCAGAUGGUGAUGUUAUAGUACUAAAGCGUAAAAAAGAUGAUGAUGCUAAUGAAAAAGAGGAUAUAGUCCCUGCUAAUGAAGAUGCGGAUAAGAGUAAACUAUAUGAAGAACUGGCUAACGAUGUGGUGAAACAAUACAUUACAUCAGAAAGAUUGGAAGAUAUUUGGAGAACUGUAAUGAAGCGUUUAGAAGAUAAAAGGAUUAGAGUACAGUCAAUUGAAUCUCGUAUUAUAGAUCUCACCAAUUGGACAAAUCUGGAGUGGUCCAGGAUAUUGAAGCAUGAAGACAAAAUUGCAUUAAUGAAAUCGUUUAAUAAAAAAUUGGAAAAGGAAAGAAUAGACCAGAAAGUUUUGGAUUUUAUCGAUAAUCCAUCAAAUAGCUUGAGAAAUUUAAACGAUUUACAAGAGUGGAAAACUAAAAUUUCAACUAUUGGUUCCGAAGAUGCUAUAUUGGCAUCUGAAAUAAUUUCAUUCUUUCAUAAAUGCUGUCGCCGUGAGAUCAAUAUUUUAACAGUUCCGCUCAGGGAACGCGAUUAUACAUUAGCGAUCUUAGGUCCAUUACUUGGAGAUUUAUUGCAAGAAUUUAAUAUUGGACAAUUCGAAUUAUUUUGGAUUGAAAAAAUAUGUAAUGCGACCAAUUCCCGAAAACGAAAAAGUCUUAACGCUGAAUAUAUAGAAUUAAACAGGGAUACCACUAAAUUAGACAUGUCUUUGGAGUUUCGAAACUUUAAUAUUGAAAUUAUGACAGUGGAAGUUGGAAACACCGAGAAGAAGAAAGAUGAAUUGAAGUUGCAAUCCGAUCAUACCGCCAUAAAAAUUGAACUAAAAGAUAUGAUAGAUGAUUUUUAUAAUAAACUUCAUUUUAAUAAAAAAGAUUUAGCGGACAUCUAUACUAUUGGAAUUCAAGUCACCGGUCAUCACUGGUCUAUUUAUUCUUUAUCAUAUGAUCAUGAUUUAAAUUUUUAUUUUUUUACGGAAUUGGCAACAUUGGAUGUACCAAAGACUCCCUCAACGAUGAGAGGCCUCUUACCAACGUUUAUUAAGACUUUACUUGGACUUCGACAUACAUUGCUGGCACUUAACGAUAAAAUUUUAAGCAUCACAAGUGCACGUAGAGAACGUAAAUCAACGCCCUCUCCACCCUCAUCACCACCACAUGAAACUUCCGAAACUCCUAAG